GUUAUAUAAAAAAUAUUUAUCAAUGGGGAAACAAAGACAUAGUAACUACCAUGAUACCUAAAACUUGCAGGGCCCAGACUCCUUGACAUCUUGGUGGCGAGUCCUCUUCUUUCAUCCAACUAAAUUUAAGGGGAAACUAGACGUGUUUGUUCACAGAGGAAUGUAUGAAGCCGCAAAGGUUAUAUAUGAAAAAGUGAUCCCACACGUUGUGGACUUUUUACAAACACAUGGUGAGCAAGCUAGGUUUCAAUUCACCGGUCAUUCGCUAGGCGGAAGCAUUGCUGUACUCGUUAGCUUGAUGCUGUUAAUCAGGAAUGUGGUGAGAUGUUCGAUGGUUGAGCCCGUUGUGACCUUUGGGUCACCAUUUGUGUUAUGUGGAGGCCGAAAGUUACUUGAUGAAUUGAAGUUGGAUGAUGCCCAGAUUUACAAUGUCAUAAUGCAUCGAGACAUUGUCCCUAGAGGCUUCUCCUGCAAUAUUCCUGGUUUUCUUAUCUCAGUUCUCAAGCUUUUCAAGCGUUCCUUACAUUCACACACUUGUCUAAAUGAAAAUAAAUUUAUGUACUCUCCGCUAGGAAAUCUGUUGAUUCUCCAACCAAAUGCAAAAUCAUCACCUGGGCAUCCAUUGCUUCCUCCUGGGACUGCUUUUUAUGCUUUAGACACCACCGGAUGUAAAGACACUUCCAAUGCUGCCAUCAAUGGCUUCCUUAAUUCUCCUCGCCCACUUCAAACUCUAUUUGAUCCAAAAGCCUAUGGAGAUGAUGGAACUGUAUCAUUGAAUCAUGACUCUAGCAGCUAUUUAAAAGCCAUUAAUGGGGUUUUAAGGCUCCAUAUAACGGCCACGAUUGUCCCAAAGCUAAGAGAAAAGAAAAGCUUGUUAUAGCCAUUGCUUGUGUCACCAUCUCCGCAUUCAUGGCAGCAUGAAAGAAAUCCAAAACCAACAAAUUAGGUUUUAUGAUAUUAAAGACGAAUCUUAUAGGGGUUUGUAUACUAGCUAGAGUUGGUAUUAAUAUAUAAAUGUUUACUUUAUUUUCAUCCGGUUAUAUUUUAUUUUUAUAUAAGUAAAUAUUUAAAAA